AUGAUUGUAGGCUCUGAAUGCAUUGUCCUAGGCACCCAACAAGAUACUCAACUCUCUGUAUCCCACAUCUACCGCAUGUUGCCCAUCUACAGAAAGUCAAGUGAAGGAAACUCCUACAUCUUCUUUGAGUCCAAGGAUGAUGAUGAUUACUACUAUACUCGUGUGAAUGAGGCUGGCCCAUCGACCAAGACACGCAAGGUCAACAUUCCAUUCUUUGGUUACCCUAUGAUGGAUAGAGCAUGGUUGGAGAACAAGUUGUACAAGACUGCUGCACCACACAAGGCAAUCUCUCAGGUGAUGAUGAGGGAUUCAAAGAUUGAUGUAAAGGCUGUAUAUGUUAGUCUUCAAGAUCCAAUUACAUCGUGUCCAGCAGUGACUGAGCAAUGUUCAGAUGGCAAGGUGAUCACUUACAAGAGGGAUGAUAAUCGUUGUCUCCACUUUGACUCAUGUGUCACACCGGAGAGAUGCUCCUACUACACUCCAAAAUGUUUCAGUGGCUACAAGUUAAUAUCGGUGCCAUCACCAAGACGUGGAUGUCCACGUUUCAUUUGUGAUGCUGAAUUCCUGUCGGAGACUGGUCCAUCAGUCUAA